CGGUAGAGGCAGGAGGAGGAGGUUGGGUCGGGACGGUGAGGGGGCCAGCAGCUCGUUCGUCGGCGCUCGUGGGCUUGUUCGUUCCGUGCCUCGUCGCUCCCUGGAAGGGGAGGGGGGCUUCGACGCCGAGCAGGAGCCGCCGCCGCCCGAGUCCCGAGCUUGAAGUCGCUAGGACUUCUCUCAAACUUGCGUGCUGAGGAGACUCAGAUGUUGGCCUCAGCUCCUAGGCUGAACUCUGCAGAUCGGCCCAUGAAAACGUCUGUAUUGAGACAAAGGAAAGGAUCGGUCAGAAAGCAACAUCUAUUAUCUUGGGCUUGGCAGCAAGGAAGAGGACAGGUAGUGGAAAUCCUGCAAUCUGAAAAGCAGACUGAAAGGUGACAAAGAAGCUGAAGAUGGGUGGUGGAGAGAGGUAUAACAUUCCAGCCCCUCAAUCUAGAAAUGUUAGUAAGAACCAACAACAGCUUAAUAGGCAGAAGACCAAGGAUCAGAAUUCCCAGAUGAAGAUUGUUCAUAAGAAAGAAAGAGGACAUACUUAUAACUCAUCAGCAGCUGCAUGGCAGGCCAUGCAAAAUGGUGGAAAGAACAGAAAUUUUCCAAAUAAUCACUCUAGCUUAUCAAGUCCCAGCUUACUUUUUAAGUCUCAAACUAAUCAGAACUAUGCUGGAGCCAAAUUUAGUGAGCCGCCAUCACCAAGUGUUCUUCCUAAACCACCAAGCCACUGGGUUCCUGUUUCUUUUAAUCCUUCUGAUAAGGAAACAAUGACAUUUCAACUUAAAACCUUACUUAAAGUACAGGUAUAAAAUAAGAUAAAGUACUAAUGUUUAAAUUUAGUUACGUUUAAGGGUAGUUGUCAGUUGUUUCAGACCAAAUUCACUAGGCAAUUUGUGUAAAAUUGCUAAUUAACAGAAAAUACAAUUAGACUGCAUCUUGUUUUGUGUUGUGUGCACUGUGAUGUAAUGGUAGUAUCAGUGCAACUUAAAAUAUCUAAAGUAUCAAUAAUUGUACUUAUUAAGUAUUCUCAAUUGAGUAACUCCUAUGUGAAACCAUUCAAGUUUAGAUUUGGGGAAUGAUAAAGGAAUCAACUUUUCCUAUUGCUUGUUGAGGGAAAAUCUUCGCUAGAUUUACUUGUUGAAAGCUAGUGAAUCUGAUUGUAAGCAUCUAGUUAAGACAUACAGGGAUUGAAAACUAGUUGAGUAUUUGCAAGUUUAAUGUCCUAGAAAUAGCCAAACCAGUAAUUUGCCAACAACCUGAUGCACUGCCAAAAGAAAAUGUGAAUUUUUCCUGUAUGGUGGUGGAUGUGGAAAGGGCAGUAGGGGCUACUUAGAUGAAACAGUAUACCCCAAUGGCCCUGUUUCUUACAUACAGUGAGUAGGUGUUUGCCAACGAAUGCACCAAAACCAUUUUUAUAGAAAUAGUAUUUGGUGGUCACUGAGUAGCUUUGAAAAUACAUUUUUGUAUUAUAGCACUGCACAAGCUAUUCUGACAGUGAUCUGGCCUCAAAUCAUCCCUGCAAAGCUUCCUUAAAGCAGGGAGGUGUAUAAUGUGAAAGGUUGAAGUACCUAGGAAAAAAAGAGCCAUGUAAAUAUAUGUAAUAAACCUGUAGCAUAUGUAAAGUUUUGUUGGCAUUUAUUCUACAAAAAUAGAAUAUUUUAGUAUGAAUUUGCUGAAUGUAAGACCAUUGACUCUUUUUUAUACUAUGGCCUAAUUUUAAAGGUCCAAAAUAACUUGUUUUUAAAGUUUGCCCUUGUGCUAAAGUGCCAGUGUUAUGUAUGUUAUAAUUGAUUUGGUUGUACACUAUAUUACAAAGUAAGUCCUAGUGUAAUAAGUUUUAUAUAACUGAAAAGGUUUUAAGCUGCUAAAACACUUCCUAUUUUUAAGAGAUGUGAAAUGCAGUAUGGGACUAUUUUAAUUUUUCUUCCUUAAGCCCAAAGAUUAACUAUUAAAGGGUCCCUUCAACCUUAAAGAUUCAUUUUGGAACAAUUUUCGUAACCUAUGAUACAAGUAUAGUUGAGUGUACAAUGCCAGUGGUAUUUUUUUAAGUGCAACCCAGGGGACCACUUAUGCAAGAGAUGUAAUUUCUUCCUUAAUACCUUGAUAUAACAUGUUUUACCUACCUUAAAGAUAAAUGCUAAGUGUAACAGUUAACCCAAUAGUAAAAGGAAAUGUGUGUGUAUGGGGGUCAGUUAAAAAUUUCUGAUUUGUAAGUGUCCUAUUUUCUAAUUUGGAAGCUUUUUUGAUAUUUUUAUGCAGAAUGGCUAAGCUGUUAUUUCUCUGAAUAAAUUCAGAUGACAUAAUAUUGCCCAAGUCAAAUAAUAUCCUAAAGACAAAUUUAUAUAAUACUUAACGUAUAUAUAUGAAUUUGAAGCAUGAAAUUAAAUAAAGUCGCUUUUCUCCCCAA